AUGUCGUUCUCGCUCCUUUCCACGCAGCCGCUGUUGCGCGGUAGCCAGCUUGCAGCACGCACGCUGGGCGCCGCGCCGGCCUUGUCCAUCCAGGCCGGGCUGGUGCGGUCGAUGCACACGCGUCCCACAACUCCUGCCGGUCCUGCAGGUCGACGCGCAUGGCCGCUCAAGACGCUCGGUGGCGGGCUGGUGGCUGGUGGUGGCUGGUUUUGUCUGGGCACUACGUCCGAGCAGCGUUCGUUCUCCAUCCACUCUCCGGCCGAGUCCGAGGCAGCCAUCACGGGAUCCUCGACGCUCGUUCGACCCGCAUCGCCGUCCGCCCCACGCAGGCAGACAGUCACGCUCGUCUUUGUCACUUCCCAAGCCACCCGCACCGGUGUGGUCAAGAGUCUCAUGUCCAGCCUCGCGGGUGGAUCGGGCGAGCAGCAAAAGUGGCUUUCCUGGAUCGGAUACUUUCGCGAAGCCGGGUACGACUGCAUCCAGAUGAACCUCGCCAUCCCCGAGACCGGUGGCGAUCUGGCGGAUGAACUGCACCAGCAAAUCAGGCUGAGCAAUUUGCAGCGUCAGCCGGUGCUGUUUGUCCACCACUCGGGCGAUGCGGAUGAGGCGGCACAGGCGGUUGGCAGGUACAUCCAACCCGGACAGGCGGCAGGCGGGUUCUGGAGUAGGAUCUUUGGAGGCGGUGCGUUUGGUGCGCGUCCAGCCAUCUCGGGUCUGGUGGUCAUUUCGGACGCCGACGCGGCCCAGGCAAGCCAGCUGUUCACCAAGCAUCCCAAGCUCAACACGCUCGUCGUGGCGAGUGCCGCCGAGGAGGGCAAGAAGGGCAAGGCGACACUCAUGGAUGCAGAGAAGAAAUCGCACGAGGCACUCGUCAAGGAUAUCGAACGAUGGCUCAUCAGGGAGGGUUACGAAGGCUAA